GGCCAUUGCACUUGUCAUUCAGUAACCGGCGUGCGUAGUGUUCGUGUUGGUAGGCUUUGGUUGUGCUGCAGGAUUCCGCUUUCGUGGCCGAUUACCACUGGGUAGAUCGCCAAGAUGCGGGCUCUCCUCCUGGGCAUUUUUGUCCUCUGCCUCUUUGCGGGACUGACAAGAGCAGAGGAUGUAGGAGAUUCCAGCGCUCCCACGGUGGACCAGGAUUUGGGCAGCAGCCGGGAUGGGUCACGGACUGACGACCAAGUUGUGGAGAGGGAAGAGGAGGCGAUAAAGCUGGACGGUCUCAACGUCGCCCAAAUGAAGGAGAUGCGGGAGAAGGCCGAGAAGCAUGCCUUCCAGGCGGAGGUGACGCGAAUGAUGAAGUUGAUAAUCAACUCUCUCUACCGAAACAAGGAGAUCUUCUUGCGAGAGUUGAUUUCGAACGCCUCUGACGCCUUGGACAAGAUCAGGCUGCUCUCGUUGACGAAUCCUGACGUGCUGAACUCGAAUCCGGAGCUGACGAUACGCGUAAAGAGUGACAAAGAGAACGGACUGCUGCACAUAAUCGACACUGGCAUUGGCAUGACUAAAACAGACCUGGUCAACAAUUUGGGUACCAUAGCAAAGUCGGGCACAGCAGAGUUUCUACAAAAGGUGGCAGAGAGUGCUGAAGCGCCAAAGGAACUGAAUGACCUCAUUGGACAGUUUGGUGUUGGCUUCUAUUCAGCGUUCUUGGUGGCUGAUCGUGUCAUUGUCACAAGCAAGAAUAACGAUGAUGAGCAGCACGUGUGGGAGUCUGACUCUGGCGAGUUCACAGUGGUCAAAGAUCCCAGAGGCAACACGCUUGGCCGUGGCACACAAGUGACCCUGCAACUGAAAGAGGAGGCCCGGGACUUUUUGGAACUGGACACAUUGAAAAAACUUAUCGAGAAGUAUUCCCAGUUCAUUAACUUCAACAUCUACCUGUGGACAUCGAAGACCGAAACUGUGGAAGAACCUGUAGAGGAGACUAAACCAGAUGUUGAAGAGAAAGAUGAGGACAAGGUUGAAGAGGAAGAAGAUGACGAGCCCAAGACAAAGAAAGUUGAAAAGACCACUUGGGACUGGGAGCUCAUCAACAGUGCCAAGCCUAUCUGGACACGCAAACCAGCCGAAAUUGAAGACAAUGAGUAUGAAGAAUUCUAUAAGGCUAUCACCAAGGACACAAAGGCACCACUAGCUAAAACCCAUUUCAUAGCAGAGGGAGAGUUGACGUUCAAGGCACUUCUGUACAUACCCACAGUGCAACCCACAGAGUCCUUCAACCGAUAUGGAGGAAAGGUAGAUCACAUCAAGCUCUAUGUUCGGCGUGUCUUCAUCACAGACGAUUUCCAAGACAUGAUGCCUAGUUACCUUAGUUUCAUCCGUGGUGUUGUUGAUUCUGAUGACCUCCCCCUAAAUGUGAGCCGUGAAACACUGCAGCAGCACAAAUUGCUCAAGGUAAUCAAGAAGAAACUUGUGCGCAAGGCCUUGGACAUGAUGAAGCGCAUUCCUGCUGAACAGUAUGAGCAGUUCUGGAAGGAGUACUCCACGAACUUGAAGCUGGGAAUCAUUGAGGACACUACAAACCGCACUCGGCUGGCAAAGCUGGUACGCUUCCACUCGUCUCAUGGCGAAGGUUUGACGUCCUUAUCGGAAUACGUCUCUCGCAUGAAGGACGGUCAGCAGACAAUCUACUACAUCGCCGGAGCUUCCCUUGACGAAGUAAAGCGGUCUCCUUUUGUGGAACGGCUGCUGAAAAAGGGCUAUGAAGUGCUGUACUUGGUGGAACCUGUGGACGAGUAUUCCAUCUCGUCGCUGACAGAGUUUGAGGGAAAGAAGUUCCAGAAUGUUGCCAAGGAAGGUCUCAAGGUUGAUGAGGGGACCCGUGCUCGCGAACGCCAUGAUGCUAUUGCACGAGAGUUUGAGCCAUUGACCAAAUGGUUGGAAGACGAAGUCUUCAAGGGACGUAUUCUGAAGGCCAUGAUCUCCGAACGGCUUGCCACUUCGCCAUGUGCCCUUGUGGCCAACCAGUUUGGCUGGACGGGCAACAUGGAACGACUUGCGCGAAGCAAUGCUCAUGCCAAAUCGCAUGACACGAUGAGAGACUACUACCUGAGCCAGAAAAAGAACAUGGAAUUGAACCCAAGGCACCCGCUCAUCAAAGAGCUUCUGCGCAGAGUCAAAGAUGACAAGAAUGAUCCACAGGCACGCAACAUGGCAGAGCUGGUGUACGAGACUGCAACACUUCGUUCGGGCUUCCUUCUUGAAGACACUCUUGCAUUUGCGGAGCGUGUGGAGGUGCUGAUGCGAAAAACACUUGGGCUUCCAGAAGAUCAAGGGGUCGAUGAGGAACCAGAUGAAGAUGCAUUUGAGGGAAUUCCUAUUGAUCUAGACAAGAAGACUGACGAGAAGACUGAAGAGGAGGAAGAACCGAGAGAUGAGCAUGAAGAACUAUAAAAAAAUUUUUGGACAAACUUCACACAUAGGUCAACACCUUUCAUCGCCCAUGUCAUCAUCACCUUGUAUAUUUAUACUAGCCUCAUGCUGGUGUCAUUGUUCUUUCUUUUUUGUGAAAUAAAACAUUUGUUCAUGUUUUCAAAAAAGCA